AUCGGGCUAUGUAAUUGUUUGAUUUUUAAUGCAUUUCCUGGUGUCAGAAUAUAUUUUCCAUAUGGCUAAUUCGCCCUAUUUUCCCCAAUUCUUAUUCGCCGUUUGUUUUGGCUAUUAAGCUAAUUCGCCGAGGUGUUGCAAAACAGCUGAAUGUGACAUUUCAACCGAACGCGUAUUUGAAAUGUGUUUACAUUUGUGAAAUAUUGUACAAAAACUCAGAUAAUAAACAAUGAAAUUUAAUUUGGAUCAGAAACUAAGCGUGUUACCGCUCAACAUAAUUGAAGAAAACACAUUUCAAAAAUGCUUACUGCCUAAAGACAUUUUUAUUAAAUACGGCAUUCGUGCAGGGGCUUGGAUGAAAUGUUGUAUUGAAGUAACGAGCUCUAACACCGGCUAUUUCCUAUGCCAAGUUUAUCCACGAGACAUCAAUAUAAAUUGCUGCUACUUAGACGAUGUUGUAGGGACAGCAACUCAUUUAGAAAGCGGAUGUAGUUUAUAUAGCUUAGAAACAAUAGAUUGUCAAGAAGAUGAUAAGCAACAGGUUACUAUAACUUUGGAAAUCACGGAAAGCUUCUUCAAAAGUCGUCUGCGCAAGUUGUCUUACAGCAUGUUAGCUAUCGCCAUGAAGCAGAUAUUAACACCACUUAAUUUGGUUGUAGGAGGUGUGGUGCGCACGAAAAGUGCUGCAAAUUUAGGAAUAUCUGCUAUCUAUAUUGACGGUUGUAUUGAUACAAAUGAAAAUACAAUUUUCCAAUUGGAUAGUGGAACAAAUUUGUGUAUUAACAAUUUAUAUAUUAGUGCCAAACUGAAUGCAACAGAAGUUAUACCAUUUUUCAAACAUGGUUACGAAUUAGUUUGGAAAGAAAUUGAGGAUAUUUUGUGUAACAGCAAGUUACGUGAUACGCAAAUCAAAUCCAAUAGUAUACGUCCGCAUCUUAAUGCGCUAUUGAUCGGUCCACCAGGUUGUGGUAAAACUGCAUUGCUGAAUACAUUUAUAGACGAGCAUAAAUGCAAUUGCUUUCACAUAUCCACGGAAAAUAUCUUACACGAGUAUCCUGGGGAGGCCGAAGCACAAUUGCGCAAAGAAUUCGAAAAUGCCUUAUAUUUAACAAAAGAUUUGAAAUCUAAAAAUCCAACGGUAAUUAUCUUCGAAAAUAUUGAUUUAUUAUGUCCCGUCGCAAAUAAUGCAUCCACCACAGAUGCAGGCAACUCAAAUCGUAUAUGCGUGCAAUUGGUUAAGUUACUCGACGAGCUGCAUAAUUCUAAUGCUAGCAUACUAUGUAUAGCGACUUCAUCAAAUCCAAGUGCUAUAAAUGCCAGCUUACGACGACCUGGACGUUUCCAACAUGAAAUAACCAUUGACUGGCCGAAUGAGCAGACACGCAAGAAUUUGUUUAAUGCAAUGUUCGAAUUCAGUCAGUCAAAACCAUUUCUGAAGCCGAAGCAACUUGAUGCGGAACUGCUUGACUUAGUUGGGAAACGUACACAAGGUUUUGUGGCAGGAGAUUUGGCACUAUUGGUGCAAAAUAUAGAACAAAAUCAAGUGAAGCAAGUAAAAGAAUACGACAUUGGUCAUUUUGUAAAAUCAGCGCUGAAUAACGUAAGACCCGCUGCGGUGCAUAGUGCCGAUGUAAGAGUAUAUAAAUUUGUGGAUGGUUUCGAAACUAUCGGUGGUAUGGAUAAGCUGAAACGUACAUUGGAAGUUAGCAUUUUAGCGGGGCUGCGUAAACAAGAAAAGUUCAAACAAUUUGGACUAAAAUUACCAAAAGGUUUACUGCUAUAUGGUCCACCGGGUUGUGCGAAAACCACCUUUGCGAAAUGUCUUGCCAAAGAAGCCGAUAUGACUUUUAUAUCAAUCUCGAGCGCUGAUGUUUACUCGCCUUACGUUGGUGCAGCGGAGAAAUUUAUCGUACGCAUUUUUGAUACCGCACGAAAAAAUGCACCUUGCCUUAUAUUUUUCGAUGAAAUUGACACGCUUGCCGGUCGACGUCCCAUUAACUCGAAUAGCUCAAGUGACGUACAGGUUCGCAUACUAUCAACACUAUUGACUGAAAUGGAUGGCGUUAUAGAUGGCACGGACGAGAACAACCAGCAAAUACUUGUCGUUGCAGCUAGUAAUCGACCAGAUAUGAUUGAUGAUGCUUUAUUACGGCCGGGACGUUUAAGUAAACAUAUAUAUGUGCCAUCACCGGAUUUGCCGUCACGCAUAUCAAUUUUGCAGUUAAUUGCCAAACGUAUGCCGUUUGCAGAUGAUAUUAAUGUAACUGAAAUUGCCGAGGCAACAGCACUUUAUACAGGUGCCGAUAUGUGUAAUCUAUGUAAUGAGGCUGCUUUGCUGGCUUUUGAGAGACUGAGUGUUGAAACUAGCGAAAAUGAUUAUAAAAUUAGUGCAAAAGAGUUCGAUUUAGCUCUCAAGAAUUCUAAAUCUUCACUCUCGACAAAUCAAUUAAGUUUAUAUGCGAAAUUUCAAAAGCAAAUUGAGGCGAAAUCAUGAUAACAGUGUUAUAUACUUGCUUUAACAGACAUUUAUGUAAAUAUCUACUUUGGUAUAUAAACUAAAUGAGUGAAAGUGAGCUCAGUUCACUACGUCUUGCAUGAUAAUUAAUUUAAUUUUUUUGUGUUGUUUAUUUAACCUUUACAAAUAUUAGAAAUUAAAAAAAUAUUUUAUCGAACCAAACCUAAA